UCCUUCUAAGCCAUGGCUGACAAGCACUGACAAGCAGGCUUCCUUAGAUGGUGCCACGUGCAACCCCAAAAUCGUUUGAGUUACGUGCACAUACACUUGAAUUUUUUGUACAUAUAAAUUAAUAUUUAUACUAUCACCGAAUGCGAAUAAAGUAGUGAGAAAUUAAGUACGUAAUGUGAAAUAGAAAUAAACAGAAGAUGGUAGGCAUGUUAAAUGAUUCCGAUAGUGAAGAUGAACUGCCUCCAGGUUGGGAGGAAAUGACAACUACUAAUGGAAACGUUUAUUACGUAAAUCAUUACACGAAAGGCACGCAAUGGACACAUCCUAGGACAGGUCGCACAAAAAUUGUUGAAGGAGAAUUACCGUCUGGAUGGGAAAGAUGUGUAUCCGAAGAUGGACAAAUUUUGUUUGUUGAUCACAUGAAUCGUACGACUACUUACACCGAUCCAAGACUCGCAUUUGCUACGGAAUAUAGGGAGUCGUCCCAGCCAGUGAGGCAACGUUUCGACGGUAGUAGCACAGCAUUAUCAGUUUUACACGGUCGAGAUUUAAGGGGUAAAAUUGCCAUAGUCACAGGUGCCAAUACAGGAAUAGGAUUCGAAACUGCUAGGUCAUUAGCUCUACAUGGAUGCAAAGUGAUCUUGGCUUGUAGAGAUACAAAGAAAGGUGAGGAAGCCGUACAGAGAAUUAAACAAGAAAGAGAAACUGCAGCGUGUGAAGUAUUACAGUUAGAUCUGUCGUCGUUGCACAGCGUUAAAGAAGCAGCCGAAAAAUUUAAACAAAAAUACAGAACUCUGCACAUUCUGAUACUAAACGCUGGAGUAUUCGCGAUUCCUUAUCAACUGACACAAGACGGCUAUGAAACGACAUUCCAAGUCAACCAUCUCUCUCACUUUUACUUUACUCUUUUAUUGGAACAUCCAAUACGAUCCUGUCACAAUUCUAGAGUGGUGGUAGUUUCAAGCGAAUCACACAGGUAAACCUGCCAUUGACUCUAACACCGGAAUUGUACUUUUCCCUAACG